AGGGGUGGGAAGCAUGGGCAUGGCAGACGCAUGCGGGAGCGAAGGCUGAGAAGAGUGGACGGAAAGGUUGGGCGGAGCGGAAGUGGGAGGGGAGGAGGAGGAGGACGGUGUGUUCUUGAUGGUGGUCGAUCUUAGGACGGGCCUUGAGGCAGAAGAUAGAGCAAUGCGUAGAGCUCUGUGGGGUGGAGCGCCAGAACAGUUGGUGGCGAAGGUGCUAGAGAAGCGGUGGAUGGAGCGGUAUUGUGGUCGUGUUGUUGUGCUUUCGAGUAAUUGCGAGAGCGAGCGGUGGAUAUAGGAGCUGUAUUGCUAAGAGGUCCUGCCUGGUCCAGUUAUAAGAAGUUGAUGGGUGUGGCGGGGUGAUGGCCUUUGUGCGCGCGUAUGCUGAGGUUGUGGAGAAGGACGAGUAGUGGUUGCGGAGGUCGGAAAGGGGUCAGGCGGCCCUUGGAUCAUUGGGGCCUUGACGACAGAGGGCAGGGAUGGGCUGUGUGAAGUCCAAACAUAGGGCACCGCAUGAACCAUCAGUUAGUCCUAAGGAGAAGACGAGCAUUCAUAGUGGCACCACUCGGGCGUCUAUUCGGCGACCCAGCGCGAGCGCCAAGGUCGAGACAACGGACCCAGCAUUCGUUAUCGAGAAGGAUCGGCCUAAGGUCCGGUCAAAGCAGAAUGAGGCGCAGCUGAAAGUAGACGACGCAGCCGGGGGCCGAAGUCGGGUGGACAGGACGCAUGGUGAGCCGCACCCUUGGGCUGGUACGGUACCGAAGGGCUUGGAGGGGGAACAAGUAGCAGCUGGAUGGCCGAGCUGGCUGUCGCAGGUUGCGGGGGAGGCUAUCAAGGGAUGGAUACCUCGGCAUGCUGCAUCGUUCGAGAAGCUGGACAAAAUUGGACAGGGAACGUACAGCAACGUGUACAAAGCUCGGGACCUAGAGACAGGGAAGAUCGUGGCUCUGAAGAAGGUCCGGUUCGACAACUUAGAGCCAGAGAGCGUGCGUUUCAUGGCAAGAGAGAUUCAGGUCCUGAGACGCCUGGAUCAUCCAAACGUGGUGAAGCUGGAGGGACUGGUGACGUCUCGAAUGUCGUGCAGCUUGUAUCUGGUGUUCGAGUACAUGGAGCACGACCUGGCCGGGCUGGCCGCAUGCCCUGGUAUAAUGUUCACAGAAUCUCAGGUAAAGUGUUAUCUGCAGCAGUUACUGCGGGGAUUGGAACAUUGCCAUCGGCAGGGUGUGCUUCACAGGGAUAUUAAAGGUUCCAACCUGUUGUUGGACAAUGGUGGAAUGUUGAAAAUUGCAGAUUUUGGGUUGGCAACUUUCUUCAAUCCGGACCAGAAGCAGCCUUUGACAAGCCGCGUGGUGACUUUGUGGUACCGCCCCCCUGAACUGCUGCUGGGAGCGACAGAGUACGGCGUGGCCGUGGAUCUUUGGAGCACGGGGUGCAUACUGGCAGAGCUGCUAGCCGGCAAGCCCAUCAUGCCCGGACGAACGGAGGUGGAACAACUUCAUAAGAUCUUCAAGUUAUGCGGUUCUCCGUCCGAGGAGUAUUGGAAAAAGUCAAAAUUGCCGCACGCUACGAUAUUCAAGCCUCAACAACCAUACAAGCGAUGUCUAAAUGAGACGUUUAAAGAAUUCCCAUCGUCGUCCCUAGCUCUGCUGGACACUUUAUUGGCCAUUGAACCCGCGGACAGGGGAAGCGCCGGUCAUGCAUUAACCAGUGAGUUCUUCACGACGAAGCCACUUGCUUGCGACCCGUCAAGCUUGCCGCAGUAUCCUCCGAGCAAAGAAUUUGAUGCAAAGAUUCGGGACGACGAGGCUCGCAGGCAAAGAGCACAGGGUGCACGAGCAAGGAAUUCAGAAAUGAAGCGUCCGGGCACUCGGGAGCGUGCGAUUCGACCUGGCGGUGCCCCAGAAGCGAAUGCAGAGCUUGCCGCUUCCUUAGCACAUAGACGUAACCGGCCUGGUCAAAAUAAGAGCAAGAGUGAGAAAUUCGGUCCUCUUCACGAAGAUAAGGCCGUGGCAUAUCCUAUGCAUUAUGCCCAACCACGAGCAACUCAAACAUUCAUGGAAGUUCAAGGCACAUCUCCUGUGGCACUAGGCCGAUCAUACGGCGUUUCUUCCGCAGCAGUACGAUCAGGACCACAGGCCCCUUUGGGAGGAAGCAUGGGAGCUGGGUCAUGGAACAAGAAGCACAAGGAUGACGACGGUCGGAGUGGAUCGCGGUCGAUGUCUCGACCAAAUAAGUCGUUAACAGUGUCGGAUCUACACCAGGGGAACUACCACGGAGUGGACAAGUCGAACAUGUUGGGAGCAGCGGGCAGCAGAAACGGCGGCAACCACUUUAGGGACCGGGGCAUAGGCAGGACCGGAGAUGGCGGUCAUAUGGAAGGGGGCGAUGGGCUGAGCAGGCGGGGCGAAAGAUUCGAAACGGCUCACAAGAAUGAGUUGUCGAAGCGCGAUAGUAGCUACAAGCACGAUCAGCCUUACACGAUCGCAACCCAUGGGUCACAUAGACGGGACGUAGCCGCAGUUGAUUCUCAUCAAAGGGACUCGUUGUCCAAGGUUCCAAUUGCGGGAUACCAGAAUAAUCCAGAGCGGAUGUACCAUUCUGGGCCUCUACUUCAUCCAGGGUACUCAGGACCGUCGGGCGUAGAUUUCGAUUUGGAGGAGCACGGCCGGCAUGUUCAACUGUUGGGACAGCGAGCAAUAGAGAGGGAAAGGAGUGCGCGGAAGGCGAAGGCAAGAGAAGAGUACCGAAGUAGGAGGAAAACGGAGGCGGAGGAGAUUGUGGAAGUGGGGAACGGGUUGGGUCGCAUUUCUGGGAAGUGAAGAACGAAUUGCUUGGGGUUGUGAAUUGACCCGCUGAGUGGCAGCAAGGGUUGCAUUAGGCACGCCAAACGGUAGACCAUUUUUUCGGGCUUGGUUUGAAGCGACGCGCAUCCGCAGUUGCAGGUGAGGAUGUCAGGCCCCUCACUAGGCGAUGAUUCUCAGUCCCUCACGGGCUCGCCAGUCUGCCAUUGUUUGUGCCCCCUCCUUCCCGGGGGGACCAACUCAAAUCCGCAACUGCCGAAGUUGGAGUUGGAUAUCCUGGGUAUGCGAACCAAGAUGAAUUUGACAUUGGGAUCCAUCUGGAACAACCUUUUGAUUCUGUAGGUCGAUUAAUGCCAGUCGGGAAGGAUGUUGUCAUGGUUGCAUCCACCCUGACAGGCGAUUGUACUGUAGGGAUUCAUCUUGUUAGAGCGGCCUCCGCAUGUAUGGCCCUCUGAAUAGAAGUAUUUUCUUGCAAUAUGCUACACGACUAUUUGAUGUUUUGGUACAAAACCCAUCCAUGUGAGUGGAGAAGGUAGCGUUAGAGAUGCAGACUAUGAAUAUUAAUGAUGGCAAUUACUCACAUUGGGAAGAAUUAAAAAGGUCUUCAUGGUGGCGUUAAAUAAGUGGCUGGCUUUGGAGGCUGUUGGUGUGCAUUUAUGUAUUGUUUAUUCACGUUGGAACUAAUUGUUGGGCUGAAGCUCA